AUGAGGACGGCAUCUGAAAUUAUUUUAGUAAAAGUGAAGGAAGGUGAGAGAAUGCAAUCUAAAUAUAGUAGUACGUCUUCUCGAGUUGACAGUGAUGAUUCUCAGGUAGAAGGAACAAUCAGUCAAACGUUUUAUGUCGCGGGUACUGGCAUUAUAGAGGACAUUUAUUACAAAUAUUUUAUUGGGGAUACACCAUUCUCAACAUCAUAUUGUCACCACCAGCAAUUAAGAAAGAAAGAUGAAAUCAGUUGGAGACAGAACGAUGAUAAUAUGGUAAACAAAGAUAUCAUGGUAAGUGAAUCAGCAGAGUGA